AUGCCCGCCCCGCCCCUUCCCGUCGCCUUGGCAACGCGGCGGCGGCUCCAGGGAGGUGGCGCUGUGGAGGGGUCUCGCCGGUGCGAGCUGUGCGGGGCGGCGGCGCGGCUCCGCUGCGGCCGCUGCCGGCUCACGUACUACUGCGGUGUAGAUCAUCAAAAAGCUGACUGGGUUAGUAUCCACGAGCGAAUAUGCCAGCUGCUGAUUCCAAUCCGUACGUCCCUCCCUUGUCUCCUUUCCGAAAAAGAAAGAAAACAUGGCGUGGAACAGCUGGUGAAGAGGCAGAAAUACAUCAUCGAGCUCGCGUACGGCGCAGCCCAGGAGUUUGUUUUGGAUGGAAAGCAUAAAGAAGCGAUGCCUGCAGCUUUGCAUGCGCUGCGUUUCAGUACUGAAGUGUACGGCUCCAAUUCUGUGCAAUUGGUGCCUGCUUAUCUCCUCUUGGCUGAGGCCUCCACUGGCGUUGGCCGUCUUCCAGAGGCAUCUAAGUAUCUCUCCCAAGCUCAGUGGAUUGUCCUCCGAACUCCAGACUGCAGCGUUGCUGUUCAGUAUAAAUUACAUCGUAGUCUGGGGCUUUUCUCUGCUGCUGAAGGAAACUUUGAACAGGCUUUAUAUCACCUGGCGAAUGAUAUUUACCUUGCUAGUUCUACCUUUGGACUAAAAUCUAUUGAGACCUCUGGAGGUUAUUUCCACAUGGCUAAUGUUUUCUUUCACCAGAACAAAAUGGACGUAGCAAACUCACUCUAUGCUGAGGUAACCGACAUCUGGCAUGCCUUUCUUAUGAAGUCACUUCAAGCGCAGGAGCAAAUUCUCGAGUCACAACCGGAAACGUCUCCGUUCACCGAGGACAAGGAAGUCGGCGAAGACCGUAUGACUGAAGCCCGGCAAGCGGAAGCACUCCGAGUACUGAAUGCAGUGUUAGAUAUCAGAGAACAGGCACCAAAGCAACGACCGGGGGAAACCGCCAGAGUUUUGCACGCGCUUGCCAUGCUUUAUUACCUGAUCACGGAUUUAUCAAAGGCUCGUGAGGUGGGGCUGAAAGCCUUCGACCUGGUGAAACAACUGCCCCGACAGGAGUCUCUCGAAGCCAUUGGUCAUUUGUUAAACUUGAUUCGCUCCAAGCCUUCCCACGCGAAAUAAAGAACUCUUUCUACCAGAGCCAGGUGUUUGGCUAGGUUAUUCUGUUCAACUGGGUUGCUGAAAACAAGAAGCGUUACGAGCCGUAGGUCCUUCCUGCUGCUGCCGUCUUUCCAGAUGCGUCCCUUUCCGU